GGUCAAUUUGUAAAUAUGGAUGGGUUAUCCGGUGAUUUACAACAAUUUCCUCAAGAGUAUAGAAUGGAAGGGGGAAGCAUGGAAAGAGCAGCCAUGGCAGCAGUGGAAGAAGCAAAGAAAAGAUGCAGUGCUCUUACACAACGAAUCAUUCACUCCGAGAAACUCUCCAAUUUAUCAUCAAAAACUACCCUUCUCAAACUAAUCCAAUCCGAGCUCUCUUUUCUUCACCGCCUCUCUCAUCCCUUUCCUUCUUCCCCUCUCAGUGUCAAUAUUGGGCAUCUGGAGGCAGUUGUGCACGUUCUUCAGCAGCCAUUCGUAACUGGGGUAUCGCGCGUUUGCAAGCCUAUUGUUCUGUCGCCUUCGAAAAGGAUCUAUGUUGAUAUCGUAUGUAGUUUGAAUGGAAACCCUGUGUGGUUUGUUGUCUCGGAUAGGAACCCCAGAUAUAUUUUUUGGGACAGAAACGAAGGUUUAAAGACACGAAUUCGAUUACUACUUGAGGCGGCAAACGAGUCUCCUGUAACGCUAAGGCCAUCUUCUAUCAUCUUCUUCUUUGCUAAUGGACUUGAUGAUGGCGAUAGUCAAAAAUUCAGGGAUGAAUUUGGAGCCACUAAAUUAGAACUUGAGUCAUUUUCGUAUGAAGAGUUAGAAUUAGAGGAAGACUGGACAAGUGUGAAUCUAAUUGGAAGGUCAUUCCCAAAGUCUUGUGUUCUUCAAAUAAGGGUAGAAACAGAUGGCUUUGGGAUGAAUGACAAACAUCUUUUGGAUUCUGCAGGGAAAGAUAUCCUAUCCUCUUGCAAGAAGCACAUUGAGUCCUGUGGUUCGAAUUUGGGCACGUCUUUCUGUUCUCUGGUUUCUGGAUUGAAAUGCUGCUGCUGCCCUUUGGAUAUGUAUACUGGGCUUGAGGAAGGGUUAUCAAAGGAGUUGUUUGAUGGGAUUGGAGCCAAAUUAGUUAAUUUUGAUACGACAGCAAUGAUUGCUAUCGUGUCAGGAAUCAGUAAUGGAGGGACUGAGAAACUUUUGGCUAAACCAGAGAGCGAAUUGAGGGGUCGAUUUAAAGGCAACUAUGAGUUCGUGAUUGCACAGGUCAACUCCGAAAUACAGAACCCGAUCCAUGGGGAACUGGCUGGUGUAAUAUCAGGAAAGAUAGGUAUUAUAUGUGAAAGCGUUCAUUCAGAAUUUGAGGAGCUUAUCUCAAUGUGCGGUGGUCCUAAUGAGAUAUCAAGAGCCAACCACUUUCUGAAGUUCCUCAAGGUAGUGCCUGAUUGUGCUUCAACACGAUUGAUGAACCUUCCGACGACCAGAAAAAUGGCCUUGAAAAACAAGGUAGUUUUUGGUACUGGAGACUACUGGCAUGCUCCUACUGUAACUGCAAACAUGGCUUUCGUCAGAGCUGUUUCACAGACAGGAAUGUCUCUGUUUGUAGUAGAGCAUAGACCACGGGCACUAAUUGGCGACUAGCAUCUAACUCCUAUGCAAACAGAAAAUCAUAUAUGUUAGAAGAGCAGUAAACCACAUCUCCAUUGUUUCAUCCAUUGUAUGUUCUGCACGGAAUUUAUGGUCACUUGGUGCUAAUCAUAUACCAUCCUCUGGGAAUCAUUUGUUUUUCUUGCUUUGUUGACUGGAUAUCUCGUUGCAUCGCCAGGGUUAUAACAUGUUGCAUCUAGCCAGAGAAGGAUGCUAUACUUUUUGACCAGCAUUACCUACCUUAUUUCUUUGUAAGAUAGGUUCAUUAUGUUGUACAUUUUCAUGGGACAUAGUUUGUGGUUCGUUGAAUAGUUUAGCUCUUCUGGAAUUGCAACCACAAUGGAACUCGGUAUGUUUCUGAUUUUUAUUAUUUAGUUUUUCCUUUGUUCUAUGCAUAGAAGCACUCCUUGUAAUCUUCUUCUAUGUGGUACUAAUAAAAUUCCCUUUAUUCUCUAUAAAAUAUAGAACGGAUCCUCAAGUCUUUUUCA